AUGAAAGCUCUCAUGGCCAAGAAGCAUGGUAUUGAGAGAGACAGAGAGCUUAAUAUUCCUCAAAACAGAGGAAAACAACCCACUGAUAAGCUUCAGAAUUGGGUUCAUAAGAGGGAAAAGAGACUCAAACUUUUAACUGCUGAUGAGAGGAAGCAUCAGCUUGCUGCUUGCCAUGUUUUAUACAUGGAUCUGGUGAAGGGCUGCCUUUCUUGCUUGCAAAGCCCUGCUGUGCUUCAGCACAUGAGCUUUGUAUUCCACCCCAAAGAGAAAGUUGAUGAUUUGAACAACACCAUAGAAAAGAUCUCAUGGCCAAGAAGAGGGAUAUUCAGAGAGAACUUGAUAAUCCUCAAAACAGGGGGAAACUAUGUAGCAAUCAACUUGAACGCUGGCUUCUCAAGGCUGGAGAAAUGGAAGAUAAGGUAUAACAUUGGCAGUGAAGCUUUCAAAUUGAAAGAGGAGAUAACUCAGUUGACAGCAGAUCAGCCAGAAAUCAAAUUUACCGACAUACCACCGCCUAAAACAGUCCCUGAAUCAUCUAAAAUAGUGGGGGAAAAAAUCGGCUCCAACGUUGAUAUUGCUCGCAGUUACCUGGCAGAUGAAAAAGUCGGUAUAAUUGGCAUAUGGGGCAUGGGGGGUGUAGGCAAGACCACAUUCUUGAAAAAAAUUAGGCAGUCAUUGUCAGGUGAUGCAAACAUGGGAUUCAAUCAUGUGUUAUUUAUCGAAGCUUCAAAAGAUAUUCAGCUGGAAGAACUUCGAAAACAGAUUGCUAAAAGGUUGAAUUUGGAAUCUUCUGCUGGUAAAGAAGACAUCUUCAAUGUUUUAAAAAUUAGCAACUUUGUAUUGCUCUUGGAUAAUAUAUGGGAUGAAGUGGAUCUUAUUGAUCUUGGAAUUCCCCAUCCUUAUAGCGACGAUAAUUCCACCAAGCAAUAUAAACACAAAGUGAUUUUCACUACUCGAUCUGAAGAUGUGUGUGCCAAGAUGGGUGCAGGAGAAAAUACCAUCAAAGUGGAAUGCUUGGAAUCAGAUGAAGCAUGGGAUCUUUUCAAGGACAACGUAAAUCUAGCUGUUGUUGAGUCAGAUGAAAAGUUUAAAGAAAUAGCAAGGCAGGUGAUGAGAAGAUGUGGUGGUUUGCCACUUGCUCUGAAAGUGGUUGGUAAGGCCAUGUCAAACAAAAAAUCUGUCCAAGAUUGGAAAUUUAUUUUGAACUCGCUAAAGAAUUCAGGUACUGAAGUAGUUCAAGCAUCAGACUGUGGGAUGAACAUGAAUAAAUGGAUAGUGAAAAGCUAUGAUAGUUCCUCGGCUGAAAGACCAUCAACCAAUGCAGAGAAUUGGAGAUUCGCGAACCGAGUGAUUAUAAAUGGAUUUUUCAGACAGAUGCCAAAUUUGACAUAUUUGGAUCUUCAAAACACUAAAAUUGAAGAGCUUCCAAAGGGCAUCAAAUGUUUGGUUAAUUUGCAAUACCUAAACAUUUCGAGCACAAAGAUCUCAUCACUUCCAAAGGAGUUGGUAUAUUUGAAGAAAUUGCAAUAUCUGAUAUGCAACCAUUUGAAUGGGCUUGGCAAGGUAGACCUGGAAGAUCUCCAGUCAAGAUUACAGAAGUUGAAGGUCAUUGACAUAUAUCCAUCAGGGUGGGUAGACCUGGAACAGUUAAAGAAAUUGAAGAAACAUGUCAAAGGCAUAGGAAUGCGAGUAGUAUCAAAAGAGGUUCUCCAACAACUCUCAUGUUUCCCAAUAGUUUGGCUUUCUCUAUACAAUUUGGAUAUCAUCUCUCUUUCAUCUGACACUUUAAGUUGCAAAAAUCAUGGAUUCUUGCAGGAACUACAAAUUGAAUCAUGCCCACAGCUUGAGCAGAUUGUGAUGAAUGGAAGUGGGAGUCAUCUAAAACACCUCAUUAUCAGUGAUGUCAAAAAACUGGCAAACAUUAUUUGGAAAGAUCUAUCGCCUCCAGAAUGUUUUCAAGUGUUGAAGUGGUUAUCUAUAAUAGGAUGUAAUUUGGAUAAUUUAGCUUGGGUCCUGCAUCUCCCAUGUCUAUCUUAUUUACAUAUAGAAGAUUGUGCAGAGAUAGAAAUGUUGUUUUACAUCGAGGAGGAGAGAGAAAUCCAACAACAAGAAGUCUCAGAACACCGCCCAGCAUUCCCUGCAUUGGAGUUCUUAUUUAUAACUAAGCUACCAAAAUUAGUGAGCAUAAGCAAUUUUGAAUUGGGUUUCCCUCGACUUUCAUGGUUUCAUGUAUGUGAUUGUGCGGAGAUAGAAACAUUGGUUUACAUCGAGGAGGAGAGAGAAAUCCAACAACUAGAAGUCUCAGAACACCGCCCAACAUUCCCUGCAUUGGAAUAUGUAUUUAUAACUAAUCUACCAAAAUUAGUGAGCAUUACCAAUUUUGCAUGGCAAUUCCCUCAACUUAAAGAUAUGACAGUGCGUCAAUGUCUUAAUCUAAAGAAGUUACCAUUCAAGAAUGGCAUUAACAACAACAAUCAAAGAAUGAUAGGAAUUGAAUGUGAGAGAGAAUGGUGGGAAAGCUUAGAGUGGGAUGAUGCCACCAUCCCAUCUCACCUUCGGCCACGUUUCAAAACGGACGAGAACCCUAAUGAAUGCACGACUAGUGGGACUAGUGGAAGUAAAUGA